CACUCCGGCGGUCCGGCGUCCGCCGUCGCGCUGGCGUCACCGGACGGGAGCCGCCUCCAUCCGGGAACUUGACACGCGCACUCGUUCUUCAUCAUGGCGGCGUCAGCUAAGAAGAAGAAUAAGAAGGGGAAGACCCUCACCUUGACUGACUUCUUGGCAGAGGACAGCGGGGGAAGCGCGCAUGUCAGUUACCCACCUCCGAAACCCACCAGCUGGGCAGAUGAGACAGAUGACUUGGAGGGAGAUGUUACCACCUCCUGGCACACAGAGGACGAUGUGUAUCGUGCUCCCCCCAUUGAUCGCUCUAUACUGCCAACGGCGCCUCGCGCAGCCCGCGAGCCCAACGUCGAUCGCUCCCGCCUCCCCCGCAGCCCCCCCUACACCGCCUUCCUGGGUAACCUCCCCUACGACGUCACAGAGGACUCCAUCAAAGACUUCUUUCGUGGACUCAGCAUCAGCGCAGUCCGUCUCCCGCGGGAACCCAGUAAUCCAGAGCGACUGAAAGGCUUUGGCUACGCAGAGUUUGAUGAUGUGGAGUCUCUGCUGCGUGCGCUCAGUCUUAAUGAGGAGAAUUUAGGAAAUCGCAGAAUCCGUGUGGAUAUUGCAGAUCAGUCAAAUGAGAAAGAGAGGGACGACCGCUCCAUGUCUGGGCGAGACCGUAACCGUGGUGGAGGGGACUUUGGGCCAGAUAAAACAGACAGUGAUUGGCGGGCGAGGCCGAGUUCCGAUGCAGAUGAAGGACCACGGCGUGAUGACAGCUACGGUGAACGAUCCCGAGACCGCUAUGAGUCAGACCGGUUCCGCGAUGGCCCACGGCGGGACGAUCGCUACGACAGUGGCCGAGACAGAUAUCGGGAUCGCUAUGAUGACCGCGACCGUAAAGACUUUGACAGAGGCUUUGAUUCUCGCAGUGGGGGGCGUCGACCAUUCGGCAGCGGUUUCCGGCGUGAUUAUGAUGACCGGCGGGAUGACUACCGAGGCAGUGGAGAUCGAUACGGCGACCGCUACGGAGAUCGAUACGGUGACCGUGAAGACAAAUGGGAAGAAAAACGUGAAGAAAGAGGCCCCCCUCAGAGACCCAAGCUGAAUCUGAAGCCACGCAGCGUUCCUAAAGAGGAGGCUCAGAGUACCACCACUUCUGCCCCUUCCAGCCGAUCAGCCUCUAUUUUUGGUGGUGCUAAGCCAGUGGACACGGCGUCUAAGGAGAGGGAGGUAGAGGAGAGACUGAAGAAGGAACAGGAGAGACUGCAGCGACAGUUGGAGGAAGACAAGGGGAGAGGACCUGAACGCAAACCCAGAGAGAGACAUCCCAGUUGGAGAAGCGAGGACCAACCAACAGAACGCUCACGAACAGGAAGUGAGUCUUCACAACCAGGAACUACCACAAGCAGAGUUUCUCGGCGUCGGGAAAGCGAGCGCUCCGUGGAGAACGAGGUUUUCAGUGGGCGUGAGGAUGAGCCACCAUCACCAGGAAGCUACACCCCCACUUCCAAGCCAGAGGGACUCCCCCUUAAGGUGGUUCCUGCCCCACCCCCUAAAGAGAACGCCUGGGCAAAGAGGAGCGCUAUGAGUACCAGCUCAAAUGAGGGUGAACCCAAACCUGCAGUCUCCCCCAGCAGCUCUGCUCCACCCAAAAGCUCUACAAGCUCAGCCGAUGAGAGAGCUCCCCAGAGAGGUAAAGAUGAGAACAAAGCGGAUGGUGUGCGUCGGGACAGGGGCCCCUCGCGGGGCCGUGGUGGGGCCUCAGGUCCUGGAACAGGGAGAGGUCGUGGGGACGCGGCCAGCCGAGAUCGGCGGAAGGAAGCGGACAGAAAGGAUGUCAGAAGAGAGCGAGAUCUCAGACCAGCACCAGAGCCAAAGAAAUAUGAGGAACCUCCCAGUCCUGCAGGGAUCCAGAGCAUGGCAGCAGGCAGCAGGGUAGUGGAGAGCCAGGCUAGGUGGCAACAGGACAGACCAGAAGGGACAAGGCAUCCUGAUACAUGGAAAAGAGAGAAAACACAAAGGAAGAUAAAACAAAGGGGUGGAGAGGAUUUUGUCAAAAAGCACUGGUAAGUACACACAGCAGGAAGGCCCUGAUCAAGGGAAAGCAGGCACCGGCACCCAACCACCAAUCAUUAUUAGCAUUGUCAAGAUUAAUGUAAGGCUUCUGCUGUGUUAGUUUAACAGUUAUUUGUUAUGUACUGUAAAAUGCUACAAAUCUAUCCUGCUUGGCGUUGUAUAAUUCUUUGCUUUUUACAGACAAGUUUUUUUUUUUUUUAAAUGCUAUUAUUCUACAUAGUUAAAGGAACAAUCAGUAAUAAAUGCAAGCGAGUGUGGGAAAUUGCUACAGUUUUGUGACCCACCCCACUCCUCCUUAGAUGCAAAUUUCAUGUGGGUUGCAAUAUUGGCACACAAAGUGGUAAGUGACGACAAGGCAUCCUCUGUAUCUGAUCGGUGAGUAUAUUUAAGUUUCAGUGUCCAAAAUGCCCGUCUCUACUUUGCAACCAUACUGAAGCUCAGUGAUUACCUGUUCAGCUGAGAAAUAGCAAGGUUCCCUGUUUCCACAACUGCAGCACAUUGUUUUUGUGCUGUUGUCUGUGCCUGGCAACCCUGGGUGUGGAAAUGGCACUAUGGGAUAUAGCUGUGGGCAGAUUCAGAGGAUACAUCCUACACAGAUUACCGUGACAGACCACACACUUCAAAUUAGAACAUACUGGCUGAAGGUCUGCUGAAACCAGCUGUUGGUGCUUUAACACAGCAUGUUUCCUUAAUAUCUGAUGAUACAUCCUUAUCAUGUUAUGCGUUACUACAAAAAAUAAUCCUGAAUGGUCCUUUAAGAAAUACAGCUCUGGGAAAAACGUGAGACCACUUCAGUUUCUGAAUCAGUUUCUCUGAUUUUCCUUUUCAUAGGUAUAAAUUUGAGUAAAAUGAACAUUGUUGUUUUAUUCUAUAAACCACAGACAAUAUUUCGCGCAAAUUUCAAAUACAAAUAUUGCUAUUAAGAGCAUUUAUGCAGAAAAUGAGAAAUGGCUGAAAUAAUAAAACUUUCAAAACAAUUCAGAGCUUUCAGACCUCAAAUAAUGCAAAGAUUUAGAAAUCAAUAUUUGGUGGAAUAACUCUAGUUUUUAAUCACAGUUUUUAUGCAUAAUUGGCAUGUUCUCCUCCACCAGUCUUACACACUGCUUUUGGAUAUCUUUGCCACUCCUGUUGCAAAAAUUUAAAGCAGUUCAGCUUGGUUUGUGGUUUGAAAUUUGGUAAAAAUCAAUAAUUUUUAAGUGGUCUCAUUUUUUUUUCCCCAGAGCUGUAUAUAAGCAGUCUAGUAUUCAGACUGAGGAGCUCACUUUCUAAUCACUGGCACAAAGGGAAAGUAUGUAUACAAUAAAAAUGAUUUAUAGUAAAAGUAAAACUUAAACAUUGCUGGUAACAAUACCCCAGGGGCCUCAUGUACUAAAGGUGUGUACGCACAAAAACAUUGCGUAUGCCAUAUUUCACGCUCACGGUCUGAUGUACUAAAUUUGACUUGAACGUGAGAAAGUGCGUUCCCUCACGGCACUUUUGUUUCGGGCGUACGCCUGUUUUUUAUACGUAAGUAUUGCGUUUUUGUCAUUUGGCGACACUUAGAGGCGAUGCAUUGAAAUUACAACUAUUUAGAUAUCCUUUAUGCACACAUUGUAGUAAGCAUUAUUGGGUAAUAUAAAGUAAAUUAAUCAGACAAUUUCAUUGGCUUACUGAAAUAAUCGUUCAGUGCUUUUCCACUUAGCCUACAUCAUAUAAACAUGCAUAAAAAGUUUGCGCUGGAGUUGUUGGAGAUGGCAACGUUGGCAUUCUUGGAAAAUACUGCUAAUGGCCAAAUUCAUUGAUAGUGCAUUUUCCCUGACCAUUAUGUUUUUUUGGCCCAUGAUGAUGACUGGCUUAUAAGCCGUUUUAGAUUUCCAAGAGGAUAAGACAAGCUGCAUGCGUGACGGGUGGCUUCUUGGUAAGCAACUCAUUUAAAGCAUUUAAAAGAAAUCAUUUAUUAUCCAUCUUAGAAUAAUACAGUUUAAAACAUUGGGUAAUUAUUAGUUAUUACGCUACGCGUAUAUAAUGUUAAUAAUAAUUAUUAUUAUAACAUUAUACUCUGCGUAAUUGAGGGAGGAGACAUGGCAUGUGUGAUGUUUUCGUGCAUUUGCGCUUGAUUUCAGGUUGAUUGCAGUGUACUAUGAGAAAGUACUUUGAAUUCUGCCUACGCACGGUUUGAUAAAUCCGGAUUUUUUUUUGCGUAUGGCAUUUUUUAGGUCUGAGCGUACGGAACAUUUUAGUAGGAAGUCCACGCAAGUCUUAGUACAUGAGGCCCCAGAUCUAUCCAUGCUUGAGAGAAGAGUUGUUCACGUUCAGAGUUGUUUGCAGGAUGUUCAACCUUUUACCCUGCACGAAUAAUACAAUGGGAUGCUUUUAGUGCUGUAGUGGGUAAAAGGCACAAAUCUAAAAUAUGCAAGAAAAAUGUAUGCAAAAAUAAAGCUGAAUUGUGGCCAAGAAUCUUUGGAAUUAUAGUUGGCUGCAUCUUCAUUGAAAUAAAGAACACUGGGUUUCCUCUCCUUACAAAAUGAUCUACCAGCUGGGCAUCCUCAUGGUCUCCUGUAGUGUGUAAAAUAUUUUUGGAGCAUUGGCAGCCCCUGCUGCAUCUCAGAGGUAUUAUAAAUUUGUGCUCAGGGCAAACCCAUGUCAAACUGGAAUGAAAUAAGCAAACUGAAUAAAAUGUGGUUAACCAGAGGUGGAGUAACAGACAUUCAAAGUUGCACAAAUUAAUUUCAGGGAUUUGGACGCCCCUAGUUCCCCUCUCUCUCUCUCUCUCUCUCUCUCUCUCUC